AUGUGUUUGUGUCUUUCAGAUCUUUGUUUAAUUGUUUUAUCAGUAUUUUUCCCACCUUUACCAGUUUGGAUUAGAAGAGGUAUUUGUACGACAGAUUCUUUAAUUAAUGUAAUAUUAUUUAUUUUAGGAUAUUUUCCUGGUUUAGUUCAUUCAUGGUAUAUAAUAGCUAAGUAUCCACCUUAUUAUUCGCAACAUGAUCAAAAAGUUUAUUAUAUUUAUAGAAAUGGAGAUUUAGAAAGUCAAACACCAUCAAAUAGAAGAUCAAAAAGAGAUAGAAGAAGAAGAGAUAGACAAGAUGAGUGUGACCACCACCAUCAUCAUAAUCAUUCUGAAAAUGAACCAAUUAGACAAGAACCAAUAAGUAAUGCGCAAUUUAAUUAUGGUUCAGUAAUCGAAGGUUCAUCUAGUCAAAUAAGUGGAGCACCGCCGGCUUAUACUGAAGUUGAUAAUAAAGUACAACAUUAG